AUGUCCGCCUCCACCCUCUUCCGCACCGGCGCCGCCUUCACGGCAACGGGCAUGUCGCUGGGCGCCUUUGGCGCGCACGCGCUCAAGUCGCGCUACCCCGAGAUGAGCGAGUGGACGCGGCAGUCGUGGAUGACCGGCUCGAGCUACCUGAUCUACAACGGGAUUGCGCUCAUGGCCAUCUCGGCGCAUCCCGGACUCGCGUUUGGCAGCCGCAAGGUCAAGUGGGCCACGGGCGGCAUUAUCGGCGGCGCCCUCGUCUUCACUGGAUCUAUUGUUGGGCUCGUCCUCAACCGCGAGCAGCUCGGCAAGAUCCUCGGUCCGAUGACGCCCAUGGGUGGCGUCGCUAUGAUCGCUGGCUACAUUGCCCUCGCGCUUUAA